CACACGCAUCAAACCUCCCUCUUCUAAAAUCUUAUGUGCUGUCUAGAGAGAGAAACCGCGUGCUAUCGUCGUGAAUCGUGAUGGGUGGUGGCGGUGGCAGUGGCGCAAUUCCGCCGUCGGCGGCGGCGAUGGCUGGGAUGAUGGCGGAGCCGCAGUACUGUCCGGCCAAGGUGUCGGUGUGGUGGGACAUCGAGAACUGUCAGGUCCCUAAAGGCUGCGAACCUCACUCGAUCGCGCAGAACAUCAGCUCUGCUCUGGUCAAGUUGAAUUACUGUGGUCCCGUCUCUAUCUCUGCCUACGGCGACACUAAUCGGAUUCCGGCGUCCGUCCAGCAGGCCCUCAACAGCACCGGCAUCGCCUUAAACCACGUCCCCGCAGGUGUUAAAGAUGCAAGCGAUAAGAAGAUUCUGGUGGACAUGUUAUUCUGGGCCGUUGACAAUCCUGCACCUGCUAAUUAUUUGUUGAUCUCUGGUGAUCGAGACUUCUCAAAUGCUCUCCAUCAACUGCGGAUGAGGAGAUACAAUAUCCUUCUGGCACAACCUCAAAAAGCAUCUGCACCCCUUGUUGCUGCUGCAAAGAGCGUAUGGCUCUGGACAAGUCUUUUGGCUGGAGGACCGCCACUAACAAAUGGUGAAUCAGCCCAAUUUGUUAAUAAUAGCUACUUAUCGAAUUCCGACACAUUACCAAUUCCAGUUUCCGAUUCCCUUCAGAUAAACCAAUCCGUGGAUUUCUUUUAUGAAAGCCCCCAUUUGGGAAGUCAGAAAUUCUUAAAUACAGGGAGGGCAGCUGAUACUAAAAUUAAAGGGAAACAAAUUCGGAAAAACUUGAAUCAACCUGGUAUGUCAAGAACUGCAAGUGCACCAGUAGGGCUUCAAGAAGACCAGAGUAAUGUUAACUCUUAUCAACCUGGAUUUGCGCAAGCUAAGCAAUUCAAAGAUCCCCAGGAUUUAUCCGGUUCUUAUAAUCCCAAAGUCCCCUUUAGUGGACCGGCCCCGAAUUUCAUUACUGGCAAUCCUGACCUUUCCCGGUCCAAUAGCAAUAACCUUCAGAGCACUUACCAAAAUCAUUAUCCACAGCAAGUAAGGCCGAACCAUGCGCAACCUGUAUUUACACCAGGUAAUAUGUUUCCACCUGAUCCACGCACCCGUGCUCCUCAUUUAAUGCCUCCCAUGCUUGAUGGACCAAGCUUUACUUCAGGUCCUCUAACAAAUGUGCCUGACAUCAGUAAGCUAAACAUUUCUGGAUAUCCUAGCAGUGAAUACAACCCCCCUAUUUCUCAACCACGAAAUGGAGGAGAGAUGAAACAAAAUUUUAUAGAUUCUCCGAAUCACGUUAAUUCAAAUGGCCCGCAGAGGACACAUAAUGUGCAUAGCACGCCAUCAUUAAGCCAUGACACGACAAACAACAGGUACAAGCGUGGUUCAGAAUUUCAGCCGCCGUCUUCCUCAGCAAUGGGUACCACUACUGUCUCUGGACAUGGUGUAUGGGGGACUCCAGGAUGUCCAAAACCUUCUGAAUAUGUCCAAGGCCUUAUCGGUGUCAUUUUACUGACCUUGAACACACUAAAAAAUGAGAAGAUUAUGCCAACUGAAGCAAAUAUAACAGAUUGCAUUCGUUUUGGAGACCCCAGACACCGCAAUACUGAUGUUAAGAAAGCAUUAGAGAGCGCCAUUGAGCAGCAGCUGGUAGUAAAGCAGAAUUUGGGUGCUCUGCAGUUAUAUGUUGGUAAGAAUGAGAGAUUAUGGAAGUGUGUGAACCCUAUUGGGGGUAAUCCUAAGCAUUACCCAAAGGCAACGUGGGAUGAAAUCCAGAAUUUUCUAUCAUCUUCUUCUGGACGAUCUGCAAUAUUGACUUCUCAAUGCAAGUAUGAAGCAGCUACUAUUUUGAAGAAUAUGCGCUUAAAAGAACUUCCUUUGGGUGACAUACUUCAGAUUCUGCACAUGGUAGUGAACAUGAAGAAGUGGAUAACACAUCCCCAGUCAGGAUGGCAACCGGUUAAUAUUACCCUAGAAGAGAUGAACCCUGAUGUGGGGGUAGUUGCUGGUACAUAAGCUGAUUGAGAUACUAGUGAAAUUGGGGAACGGGGCCAGUAGAAUUUUAUGGGGUUUAAAAUAGAUGCUUGUUGAUGAGAACCUGUAACAGGUUAGUAGGCUCUCUCUCCCAAAAACUAUAGGUUAUGCACAGUCGAUACGUGUUGAAGUAGGCGCAUAGAGAUUGCAUAUUUUCUUUUUUAUUUUAUUAUUGUCGUAGUUCAUUUCUUAGGGAAAUGAGUAGGCAUUGAUCGGGAAGGAGUCCGGUUAGAUGUCAUACAAACAACUUUUCCGAGCUUGUAGGGUUGCUUGUAACUUCCUACUUUGGUCUGCUAUUUGAGGGUAAGUCCACUGGUAAGUAUCCAUUCUUGGGUUUUGAAUUCAUCUGUUCUGCCAUGAUCCGACUGUUAUAAGCAGGAUAAGUCCACUGGUAUGUAUCUCUUCUUGGGGUUUGAGUUCACCUGUUCUGCCAUGAUCUGACCGUAAGCAGCAAAUGUCCAACUUUACGAACAUGUAUUUCUUUGGGUGGAUUGUAAUCAUCCACCUUCGGUGUUCCAUAUGGUCUUUUAACUUUUUGGGAAGUUAACACAUCUGUAGCUUGUCGUUAGCCAAAGUCUUUUAAACGAAACAUUCCCGGGAAGUUCAAAGAAAACUUUUGUUCGGCGCAGAAACCUUCAAGCUAGGUAUCUAAAGCAUAGACUAGUAUGUUUAUGCAUCUUAUCGAGAAGGAUUAGUUUGUUUUCACUUGUUACCUCUAGCACAAUUCACCGAGUUAGCAGAAGUGGUUCUAAACUGCGACGUACAACAAUUAAUUGGUGGAAGUUAUGUUCUGGUGUUGCUCAUUGAUUCAAAAUGGAUGAGGAAUUUGGCCUACUGAGCAAAGGAAAAUAAGAUUCUUGCAACAUGAGAUACAGCAAAAAACAUCUGAAGCUAAACAGCAGAUUGUACUAUUCUGAUUAAUUUGGGGAGGAAGUCCCGAAGUCCCAUUUAUUGGACAGUGUCGGGUGGAAGCUGAAUAAUCACAUGAUUCAUAUCACAUAACCAAGGUACUACGUGAGGAAAUUUAACGCCUUUGCUUUCUACAGAGCUAUGAAGUUAUGGUACAGUAUGGUAAGUUGUUAACUGGAUGCUGGGAUUGCGAAGCUUAAUUUUCUGUUCUGGUUUACUAAAGACAGGUAUAUUCUGGUACUUCAUUUGUUUGGCCCGAAAUGGUUGCUGCUAUUUGCCCCCCCUGUUGUUGAAGUACUCUUGUAGAUACAUGUAUAAUUUUUGAGGGUGAACCUAGUAUGCUCAUGCAUGAGCUUAUUAGCCGAAUUCUGUUCAAUAAUCCUGCUAUUUAUGUAUCAACUCUAUUACUUAAUGGUUACUACAUAAUUUGGUUUCAGCUCA